UCUCAACCUACCACCACCAUUACAAUAACAACUGCUCCAUCUAUCUAACAUGCGAACUUUAACAAAGGUCAUCUAUAAGCCUGACCCCAAAUCUACCGAAGAAUACACCAUAAUCGUAAACCAUGAAGACUACAACAAAUGGAAAGAAGGAGACACCACGAUACCUAUCUCUUCAGUUGUGGAUUCAUUUGCCGUAUUCCAAUCCGGUCAAGGCAGCCAGGGGAAUCUCGGCCAAGUCUCGAAGCAACAGCUCGAAAAUACGUUCGGAACAAGUAAGGAUGUCGACGUUGUCCAGAUAAUAUUGCAAAAGGGCACGUCGCAGCCAGGCAGCAUUUCUGAAAAGACCUUCCAGGGCAACACUACCAAAGGAAGUGCAGUGAUUGACACCAGAGGGAAAGGAUUGUCAGGCAUCUAAUGGGUCAGUCGUUGUAGAAGUAAAGUCAAAUCAAAUUGUUCUUGUCAUUAUUGUAUGUUGGAAUGUUUUUGUCCAAAUCUGCAACCC